AGUGACAAUUAUAUGACGCGGCCUGUAUUGACUCUGCUGCGCGGAUGUGAGUAAAGUAAUUGCGGCUCAGGGAGAGACAGAAGAACAGAGAGAGGCAGCGAGUGAAAGUGUCGCCAUGUCGGCCUGGGAGCAUCUCAGCCGGGCCUUAAACUACAUUUCCCAGCAACGCCCGGACUUUCCCGUCAUGCCCCGCGCAGUUUCCGGUGUGGCUGCCGGAUGUCGGGCCUGACAGCUGCAGCUCGGGAUGUGUGCGUUUCGGGAGCGGUGAGAGGGCGGAGCGGCGAUGCAGGAGGAAGAUGAGGAGAACAUGGAGCAGGAUCCCAACCACAACCACUGGCCCGAGCUGCCCAGUCCCCCGGCCGCUUCCUCCGGAUACGGAACCUGCACCAAGCGCUGUGACAGCGGCCCCGGGAAAGCCCUGCUCGGUCUGACCGGCAACAGCACCUCCAAGUUCCUGAUGAAUGUGAUUACGUUGGAGGAUUACAGGACAACUUACUGGCCCAAACUAGACAGCGCCAUAGACCAGCUACUGACCCAGAGUCCCGGCGACUACAUCCCUAUAUCCUACGAGCAAAUCUACAGUUGUGUAUAUAAAUGUGUGUGCCAGCAGCACUCGGAGCAGAUGUACAGUGACUUGAUACAUAAGAUCACCAGUCACUUAGAGAGCGUCUCCCAGGAGCUACAGGCCAGUUCUCCUGCUGAUUAUAUUGAGAAGUUUAACCUGUCUCUGGCUCAGUACAUGGGGGCGCUGCACAGCAUUGUCCCUCUUUUCAUCUACAUGAACAAGUUUUACAUAGAAACCAAGCUAAACCGAGACCUAAAAGAUGACUUAAUCCAACUCUUCACUGAGCAUGUGGCAGAAAAGCACAUUUAUAGCCUGAUGCCCUUGUUACUAGAAGCGCAAUCGACUCCCUUUCAAAUCACACCGUCUACCAUGGCAAGCAUUGUGAAAGGCCUGUACACCCUGAGGCCGGAGUGGGUCCAGUUGGCACCGACGCUCUUUUCUAAGUUUAUCCCCAAUAUUCUUCCCCCUGCGGUGGAAUCAGAACUACAAGACUACGCUGCUCAGGACCAGAAGUUACAGCAUGAUCUGGCACAGAACGGCUUCACCAGAGGGGACCAGUCACGGAAACGAGCUGGGGAUGAACUGACGUACAACGGCUCCUCGUCAUGCUCUGGCUCCCAGGGGUACAGAUAGGGCAACUUCUUCUCACCCUCCUUGAUCUCCACCUCCAGGACUGUGGCACCUCCUGCUCUUCAGCGACUCGUACUGACUGUUCUGAUUGGUUCCUCGGUACCUCUCGCCUCCCCAGCCAAACUCCGGGAUGAUGUGAACUUGUUAAUUACAGGAGAGCGCCCUCUUGUAUUUUUUUUUUUUUUUAAUGAAACUUGAACUGUUGCUGCUAAACAAAGGGGGGCGGGAUUACAGAAAUGACUGAAAAAAUCGUCAUCAGCAUUUAGAUCCUCGCUCCCCCCCGGGCAUUGCUCCCUAUAUAAACUGAGGACUAUUUGUAAGAUAUAUAUUAUAUAUUAUAUACAGCCCGCUGCCCACUCCCUGCAGAGGAACCGUUGCCAUCUUUUGUCCUAUCAAGUUCUCCGUGCAUGUUGGAUGCCACCCCCCGCCAAUGUGGACCUUUUAGUUUUAGCCACUCCCCCUUCGUUUUUGGUUAAAAAGCUCAGUGAACCCCAAUUUGAUGCUUCAACCAGUUAAGGGUUCCACCCGGCCCCUAUUUUUCCCUGCCUGGGCUGGUAUUACAGAUUCAGGGGCAAUGUAGCUGCCAGUAAAUUUGUAAUACCCCUACAAAAGGCUCUUGACCCGCCCCCAAUCUGAUUAAACUUACCCUUUUUGCUGCCUUCUGCCCAUCGCCUGCCGUGGCUCCACCCCUUUGAUGUCAUAGCCCGUCCCUUUUGAUCCCGCCCCCACCAAUGGCCGGUGAAAAGGUGGGAACCCUACAAGCAGUUGACAAGGGGUAACUGUUGGCUGAUUUUUUUUUUUGUUCCUUCUUCUUUGUAACAAUCGGAAAAGAAAAACGAGGAGUUUGUGGCUUUGUCUCCAUUAAAGCUGCACAAUCUUCCCGUUCAACGACCCCACCCUCCGUCCUAAUCCGCGUCGUCUGCGCCCAUUGAGUUUUUAGCAGGUCCAACCAAGCUGGCUGUUUAUUUUCAUUUAACCAAUGCAGCGCUGGGGGCGGUCGCAAUAUCUUUGCUUUGCUUCAACUUUACGGACCAAAUCCAACCGCCGCCUCCAUAUGUUUCGAGAGAAGUUACUGGCGCCUGUUGCCUUCUAGCGCCGGUUCAACCGCAGUUUCCAGCAUCGCCCGCCAGUCGUUGGUAAAUGCGGGGGGAUUGUUGGUGGUUGUACUUUUAUAUCCUCUGAUUGUGGCAAGUUGUUCAGAGCCAAUGUGACCCCCCCCCCCAGGCAUUUCCAGUGCAGAUUAUGAUCAAGGGCCUCUGUAGGCCAUUCCAUAAGUGCGGCUCAUAGUAAAACAUUAUAUGGCAAAUGGCUUAAUAAAGAGAUGUAGAUUUGUUA